UGCAUCUCCCUCUGCAAGUCAACGGUUGUUUUGAAUAAAUCACAACCGACAUGCACUUCGCUUCCAAAUGCGGAUUUCAUGAUCAUAAAAGUAUAAAAGUGGAUUUCAUGAUCAGCAACUCUUCCACUGUAAUGAGUUAGCAAUCAAAGAAGAGAAAAGCCCAAACAUGAUUUUCCAAAAGGAGUACCUUGAUUUGGUGUUAGUACCAAGUGGGUUGCUCCUCAUGUUUGGGUACCAUCUCUACAUUCUCCACAAGUACCUCCAUUGCCCUAACACCACAAUCUUUGACUUUGAGUACAAUGACAAGAAAGAUUGGGUUGAUAAAGUCAUCAAGAUGCCAAAGAAGGAUAAUGCUCUAACCGUGCUUGGAUCCAACACAAACGCGGCAACUUUCCUCGCAUCAGUCUCUCUGACUCUGAGCUCUCUCAUCGGCGCAUGGAUCGCAAACAACUCAAGCAUCUUCCAAAGUCAGUUGAUCUACGGUGACACAAGAUCAUCCACCAUGUCUAUCAAGUAUAUAAGCCUCUUGAUAUGCUUCAUCUUGGCAUUUUCAUGUUUCAUUCAAUCAGCAAGGUGUUUUAUCCAUUCAAACUACCUUCUGAGUGCUCCAGAUAGCAACAUACCUCUGAAAUAUGUGGAAUUGGCAGUCACAAGGGGUGGUGAUUUUUGGUCACUUGGGCUUAGAGCUCUCUAUUUUGCCAUUAAUAUGUUGCUAUGGUUUUUUGGGCCUAUACCCAUGUUUGCUACCUCAGUGGUGAUGGUGUUGCUCCUCUAUUACCUGGACACCAACACAACUUUGUUGCAUCGACUCAAAUAUCCUGAGAAGCGGUCAAUUCACCUUUGAGUACCUCAAGAGAGGGGUUAGAGAUCCUCUGUCCCCAAAUAUCUUUACUUCCUGUCCCAAUUCAUUUAUAAUCAUUAGAUAUGUUUUGAGAUUUUUACACAUUAAAAUUCUCACAUGAUCUAAUGAUUAUAAUGGAUUGCGACAUGAUGACAGGAAUUUAGAGGAGAGCAUCUCCAGCCUAGGAGAUGUAGAGUUCUAUUUAUGAGGUUUGAAUCACUCUCUUAUUUUGCUCAAUUUGUCUAAAUUAAAUGAACAUUCAAAUUUAUCAAGUUCAUGUCAAUGAAAACAUCAAAUGUAUUUUCUUGUUUAUUGAUGCAAUUAUGUGUACCUAUAUUGUCAAAAAGGCAUUCCCAAUAUAAAUUGGGAUUUAAAGUAAAA